GGGAAACCUUCACCACCUGCUGCCCUCCUCUAGACGUGGAUCUACCGAAUCUGCUGUGUGUUCCGAGCUCGCUUGUAAAACAUGAAGUUCGGCGCUGCGGCGACGGUGCCUCUCUCGAUUGCUGCUCUGCUCUCAGCCAUGCCAUGCGGUGCAUUCAUACUGCCACGGGUGAGCCAAGAUUGCUGCAUACAUUGACUCGAUGCUAGAUCUCUUGCUUCUGUUGUGCUUGUGUGCGUUCGUUGGUGGCCGCAGGCAUUCGGUGACGCAAUGGAGAGGCGACUUGCUGCUGCUGCUGCUGCUGGGCCUCAUCCCUUCAUCUAUCGGCCAACACACAGCUCUCUUAGAAUGAGCGUGGCUGCACCACCCCGCCCCGCCAUCGAGAAAUCGCCUGAGGUCAUCACUGCCCCGUCAGAGCCUGCCCGCGAUGAGACCCCCAAGAAGGCAGAUAAGUACAAGCUGAUCCUAUACAAUGACCCGUAAGCCGGCCACUCCAAGUAGGCGGACAGGCAGACGACAGGGUGUGUUGUAUGUGUUCAGGGUCAACACGCGAGAGCAUGUUGCACGAACGCUCUGCAAAGUUGUCGGUGAGUGAGUGAGGCGGGCCAGAUAGAUGAAGGCAGCCGCACGUAAGGUAGCCUCUGCUAGUGUCACCCGCCGUGCGUCGCUGCUGCCUCUUCCUUGCCUUGCAGGUUUUGACAACAAGCAGGCGUUCGACUGCAUGAUGAAGGUACGCACGUCGAUUCGUUGUCCAUCCAUCCGUCCAUCCAUCCAUGCAUCCAUGUUGCUCCAGGCUCACACGACUGGAUCGGCGUUGGUGGGCAUCUGGGGCUUUGAGCUGGCUGAGUCUUACCACGAAGCACUGAGAGCGCACCAGCUCGUCACCGAGAUCUUCCCCGUAGACGAGGACGACUAGCAACACACCGGCAGAUGGCAGAGCUCUUUUGCGCCUCGAGAGCUUAGCCAGCGCGGCGGCGUUGUUUGCGAAGUGCAGUCAGUGAGGAGGCUAGGCUUGCGAACACGCGGCCCUUGUAGCUAGCUAUCUCAUCAUGUAUCAUCUUCUAUCGCUUAGCAUGCCCAAAGGGACGGACACUCUGUGGAGUUUUUGCGAGUGUGUGGUGGGUGUCGAUGUCUGCAUGUCUGCCUGCCUGCCUCAGUUUUGUUGCCUUGCUUGUUUCCUCUGUCUGUACAGUGAGUGAAUGCAUCCCCUCCCAUCCCAUCCGUGUACACUGCCUGGCUAAGGGACUGGGUGGGACUGAUGGGACUUGCUCUCAGUUUGCUGCCCGACAUGACAUGAAUUCAGU